CUCCCCACAGGCCUGGUGGCAAAAAGAGGAAAGGCCUGCCAGCUGCAGGUGCAGAGCCCGAGGCCCAGGCCGCUGUCCCCACCUGCCACCCGGCCUUUGCAGGCAAGGAGCAAGCCGCAGCCAUGGCGGGGAUGCAGACGGCCUCUGGGGACUACAUCGACUCCUCCUGGGAGCUGCGGGUGUUCGUGGGCCAGGAGGACCCCGAGGCUGAGACGGUGACCCUGCGCGUCACCGGGGAGUCGCACAUCGGCGGGGUGAUCCUCAAGAUCGUGGAGGCGAUCAAUCGCAAACAGGACUGGUCAGAUCACGCCCUCUGGUGGGAGCAGAAGAGGCAGUGGCUGCUGCAGACGCACUGGACGCUGGACAAGUACGGGGUCCUGGCAGACGCCCGCCUCUUCUUCGGGCCCCAGCACCGGCCGGUCCUGCUGCGGCUGCCCAACCGCCGCGCGCUGCGCCUCCGCACCAGCUUCUCGCAGCCCCUCUUUCAGGCCGUGGCCGCCAUCUGCCGCCUCCUCAGCAUCCGGCACCCGGAGGAGCUGUCGCUGCUACGGGCUCCCGAGAGGAAAGAGAAGAAAAAGAAAGAGAAGGAGACGGAGGAGGAGGUGUACGACCUCACUCGAGUUGUCCUGGCUGGCGGAGUGGCGCCGGCGCGGUUCCGGGGGAUGCCGGCACACUUCUCCGACAGCGCGCAGACGGAGGCCUGCUACCGCAUGCUGAGCCGGCCACAGCCGCCUCCGGACCCGCUGCUGCUGCAGCGCCAGCCCAGAUCCAGCUCCCUGCUGGACAAGACCCAGCUGCACAGCAGGUGGCUGGACUCAUCGCGGUGCCUCAUGCAGCAGGGCAUCAAGGCGGAGGACACGCUCUGGCUGCGCUUCAAGUAUUACAGCUUCUUUGACCUGGACCCCAAGACAGACCCGGUGCGGCUGACCCAGCUGUACGAGCAGGCCCGCUGGGACCUGAUGCUGGAAGAGAUCGACUGCACCGAGGAGGAGAUGAUGGUGUUUGCCGCUCUGCAGUACCACAUCAACAAGCUGUCCCAGAGUGGGGAGACAGGUGAGCCUGGGGGCCCAGACCCCGGGCUGGAUGACCUGGACGCGGCCCUGGACAGGCUGGAGGUGAAGCUGGAGGGCUCGGCGCCCACAGACGUGCUGGACAGCCUCACCACCAUCCCCGAGCUGAAGGACCACCUCCGGAUAUUCCGGCCCCGGAAGCUGACCCUGAAGGGCUACCGCCAGCACUGGGUGGUGUUCAAAGAAACCACGCUGUCCUACUACAAAAGCCAGGACGAGGCCCCCGGGGAGCCUGUGCAGCAACUUAACCUCAAGGGCUGUGAGGUCGUCCCCGAUGUCAACGUCUCCGGCCAGAAGUUCUGCAUCAAACUCCUGGUGCCUUCGCCUGAGGGCAUGAGCGAGAUCUACCUGCGCUGCCAGGACGAGCAGCAGUAUGCCCGCUGGAUGGCCGGCUGCCGGCUGGCCUCCAAGGGCCGCACCAUGGCAGACAGCAGCUAUGCCAGUGAGGUGCAAGCCAUCCUGGCCUUCCUCAGCCUGCAGCGGACAGGAGCUGGGGGCUCGGGCAACCACGCGCAAGGCCCUGAUGCCUCCACUGAGGGCCUCAACCCCUACGGCCUUGUUGCCCCACGCUUCCAGCGCAAGUUCAAGCCCAAGCAGCUCACCCCACGGAUCCUGGAAGCCCACCAGAACGUAGCCCAGCUCUCACUGACGGAGGCCCAGCUGCGCUUCAUCCAAGCCUGGCAGUCGCUGCCCGACUUCGGCAUCUCCUACUUCACUGUCAGGUUCAAGGGCAGCAGGAAAGAUGAGAUCCUGGGCAUCGCCAACAACCGCCUGAUCCGGAUCGACCUGGCUGUGGGCGACGUGGUCAAGACCUGGCGCUUCAGCAACAUGCGGCAGUGGAAUGUCAACUGGGACAUCCGGCAGGUGGCCAUUGAAUUUGACGAGCACAUCAACGUGGCCUUCAGCUGUGUGUCGGCCAGCUGCCGCAUCGUUCACGAGUACAUCGGCGGCUACAUCUUCCUGUCCACCCGGGAGCGAGCCCGUGGGGAGGAACUGGACGAGGAGCUUUUCCUGCAGCUCACUGGGGGUCACGAGGCCUUCUAAGAGCAGCCCGCCCCAUCUCGCCUCCCACCCUGCUUGCCACCUGCCACGGCCACAGCCACAAACAGGCCCACACCCACUAGGAACCACUGUCUCACGCCUUCUGCAGGCACACGCUGAGCUGGGCACAUUCACCAGCUGUCACUGGUUUGGGGCAGAACAGGGUUGGUGGGACCCCUUGCCUGCCAUGCCCAGGCAGGCAGACUCUUCCUGGGCCCGAGGUCAGCUCCCUGGCCUCUGUGCCCUCAUGUACACGCCAGAAGGACCUGAUGCUAUAGCGCAGGGAUGAGGAAACAGGGUUCCCCACUGAAGGAGUUUUGUUACUUUUUAAAGUUUUGUUUUGAUCAAUAAAUAUUUUUAUUGUCA